GAUUCACCGGCCGAUUGACUCAGAUUGUCGGUCAUUAACAUUUACAUCAUACAAAAUUCAGUUAACCUCCGACACCGAUGUAAACGUUACUAACCAUAUUUGAUGAGGAAGCCCCACAAUUUUCCCACUUCCCAUCCGGCUCUAAUUUUUUUACCCAAAAAUCCAGAUUUUUUAAUGUGUAAUUGCAUUCGUUCCCCAUCACAGCGCCAUUAGUGCUCUCUUCCUUCCCCUUCUCAGUCUUUCAUACCAUCCCUUUUCACCCAUUAAAUACAUGUUUUGAAGCUCAAUCAUCCCCUUUCCCUCUCUCAUCCGACCGACAGGUCUUUCACUUUUCAAUCGCCGUUGGAUUCCUUCCUUGCCGGUUUGCAGAGGAAGUCUUAUGCCCUUUUCUUUCAGACCUUGUCUAAGACAAAGCCAAUGGCUUUUCUUCACAGCAGCAUUUCCCUUAGCCGUCUAUUGACAACAUUUGUGCUCCUGACAAUUCUUACGGCCGAGAGACGCGUGUCCAUCAGGAUCCCAGAUCGGAUCACUGAAACCACAAGAGACCUACCUGACAACCAGUCCCUGAAAACAGCAGUUUUCGCUCUGGGAAGCUUUUGGAGAUCCGAAGCUGUCUUUGGGUGCUUGAAUGGAGUUGUACAGACGACUGUUGGUUAUGCUGGCGGAUCCAAAACCAACCCUGAGUACAGAAGCUUGGGUGAUCAUGCCGAAUCUAUCCAGGUUGUAUAUGAUCACAGGCGAAUUAGCUUCAAGCAACUUUUGGAGGUUUUCUGGUCCAGUCAUGAUUAUAGGCAAGUAUUUGGGCAAGGUCCUGAUGUGGGUAACCAAUACAGAUCUAUCAUUUUUACGAAUGGAACUGAAGAGUCCAGAUUGGCCGCUACAAGCAAAGAUAGAGAGCAAACUAAGUCAAAAAGUAGCAGUGUAACUACUAAAAUCCUACCUCUGGGAUCGUUUUAUCCUGCCGAGCCUGAACAUCAGAAGUUUGAGCUGAAACGUAGGCCAUUUCUUCUCCAGUUAAUUGGAAACUUGCCAGAAGAGGAACUUGAGAGGUCAAAUUUGGCUGCAAAACUGAAUGGAUAUGCUGCAGAGCUUUGCCCUCCGAAAAUCCAGAGACAGAUUGAUGCAAAAAUCAAUGAAAUUAUUAAAAAGGGAUGGCCCAUUUUGAGAGACCUGUAGCUGGUCGUCGGAUUAGAACUUUAGACAAACACGCCCUCUAUCGAUCUCUGCCCGUCCAUGUUCAACCUUAGUUGCUGAGAAUCCCAAGCUUUAGAAUAGACAAUCCAAUUGAGUUCAUUGAUGUAAUAUGCUUCUGUCAAUGUCAUUACGUUAGGGCUGGUUAUAUCUAGUUUUUCAGGCUUGUUGGUCGCCAAGGGAAAUGCAUUUGAAUUCUGAAGGGUAAUAUACUAAUAUUCUUUGAUGGCUUUGGGUUGUGAGACAACCAAAUAAAAAAGACUUGUGAGAUAAAUACUUAUUAGGUUUUU